AUGUCACGACCAAUUCGGAUCGCCAAUGUCAGCGGGUGGGCCGGCGAUAGAAAAGACGCUUGUUUGCGACAGGCCAGAGCAGACCCGGCGCCUGACGCCCUCUUCGGCGACUGGCUCUCGGAACUGACCAUCGGAUGGUCCGCCGAGGCACGCUAUAGGGAUCGGCGGAGUGGGCGGACCGACGGCGACGACUACUUUGUCAAGAGCGUCCUGACUGCGUUCGACAUGGCCGUGGACACCAUGGUGGACCGAAAGCAGAAAUUCAUCACCAAUGCCGGCUGUCUGAGCCCGCGCGGGUGCGCCGAGUCGCUGCAGAAGAUUGCCAGACAGCACGGCCAUGGCCAUCUGAAGUUCGCCUAUGUCUCCGGAGACGAUGUGCUGGAUCGGUUCGAGGACCUGAACAAGCGCAAGCCCUUCAAGCAUUUCGACACCGCCAAGGACCUCACCAGCUCCUCGCAACGGGGCGCCGUCUGUGGCGUCAAUGCGUAUAUCGGAGCGUGGCCGAUCGUGGCGGCCCUCCGGAACGGCGCCGAUGUUGUGGUCACCGGUCGAGCAACCGACGCCUCUGCUGUUGUCGCCCUGGCGGCAUGGUGGCACGGCUGGGAAGAAGACCAGUACAGCUCAUUGGCCAACAGCUUUCUCUGUGGCCAUGUCAUCGAGUGCUCCAUGUACGUCACCGGCGGCAAUUUCUCCGGAUUCAAGUCCAUCGUCGACAAGAGUACCGACUUGUCGUUCCCGGUAGCCGAGGUGUCCGCCGACGGCUCGUUCAUCGUCACCAAGAACCCGGCCGAGAAUGGCAUCGUGACCAGGCAGACUGUGACGGCACAGAUCUUGUACGAGAUCCAGGGCAACAUGUAUCUCUGUCCCGACGUGCAGGCCGACCUGCACGACGUUGUUGUCGAAGAAGUUGGUCAAGACCGCGUUCGCGUCUCUGGAGCCAAAGGCCUUGCACCUCCAAACACAGCUAAAGUCGCAGUCUUCGCCGUCGGCGGCUACCAGGCCGAAGCCUUUGCAUUUGCUACGGGGCUUGAUUACAAGGUCAAAUUUCAGAUGUUCGAGAAACUGGCUCGACACUGGCUCGCGGGCCAGCCGCAGAUCAAGUUCGACGUCUUGUCUUUCCAACAUAUCGGACAGCCAAUCGAGAACCCGAGGACCGAGCUCGAGGCCACCGCAACCAUGCGCAUCUUUGCCCAGGCGGCGAGGGAAGAGGACUUCCCGCCUAACGGUCUCGCUGCCUUGGUCGAGGGCCUAAGCAUGGGCACAUAUCCCGGCUUCCACCGCGCGCUAGACCUGCGCAACACCAUGCCAAAGAUGUACAUGGACUACUGGCCAUCGAGGAUGGACGAGUCCGAGCUCAACAUCAGCUGUUCAUUCUUGGAUGGCAACACGCUACACGUGGCGAACCAUCGAGAGGUCACUGGCCCAGUUCCAUCCGCCUCCUACGACAGCCCUCAGCCAUAUGAGGCUGCGAGGUGGGGUCCGACUGUCCUGUUGCCUCUUGGCGCAAUCGUCAUGGGACGCUCGGGUGACAAGGGCGGCAACGCCAACAUUGGCCUCUUUGUCCGUCACGAGGACGAAUUCGAGUGGUUGCGCACCUUCUUGUCUCUCGAGAGGCUCACUUACCUGCUGGGCGACGAGGCCAAAUUGUUGACGAGUCUGGAGCGGGUCGAGUUCCCGGGGCUGCUGGCGGUACAUGCGCUUUGCAGGGGGAUUCUGGGCGGGGGUGUCUGCAAUACCGAUCGAUUGGAUGGGCUGGCCAAGUCAAUGGUUGAGUUUGUACGCGCCCGCGUUGUGGAGUUGCCGCAAAAGUUUGUAGCCAGGGGCACCAUAUAA